CACUUUCCAAACUCACCACGCAUCCAACCCCACCACAUCAUCCGGCCCCUCCUCACCGCUCUCUCACCGCCCCCCUGCACGACUGCUCGCCCCGGUAACCUGUAGUGUCCGUGUGUGCACAGCGGGGGCGUCGUGGGGAGGUCUCUCGGUACUUUCUCCUCCAUCUCCUCAACCCCUUUCUGUUUCUUUCUCUCUCCCAGAAACAAAACACUAAACAUGGGUCUUGUGGGUCUCUGUUCAGCGGUUCUUCUGCUCUCCCUGGUCGCUCUCUGCUCCGCCGCGGGUUCGGACGCCCCCAGAGGAGUCGCGGUCGGGUUCGUUUUUGACCCAAAAGCGAAAUGCGAACCGCCGUGCAAACACGGAGGCGUCUGCAUCCGCAACAACACAUGCUUCUGCUCCAAGGGCUAUGAAGGAGAGACCUGCCAGUAUGCCAAUUGUUAUCCCAAAUGUAAGAAUGGAGGAACGUGUCUUCGUCCUGGAAAAUGUAGAUGUCCUCCAGCAUAUGGAGGACGAUACUGUCACAAAGUGACGUGUGAAGACGGCUGCUGGAAUGGAGGGGAAUGCAAUGCUGUUAACGGAGUGGCCAAGUGUAUCUGCCCCUCGAGCUGGACCGGCUCAAAAUGCCAAGAUGCUAUCUGUCCACAAGGCUGUAGGAACGGGGGAAUGUGUGUGGCUCCAGGAAUCUGCAGCUGUCCGGAGGGAUGGCUGGGUGGUGCCUGCCACACUGCUGUGUGCACUAAGUCCUGCCUGAAUGGAGGAAAGUGUAUUUCUCCAGACAAAUGCCGCUGCCGCCGUCCUUUCUCUGGCCCUCUCUGUGAGGAGAGGAAUAAGUCCCACUAGUGCCGAGUCAAAGGUCACGGAAGCCCAAAAAGAGGCUUUAUGCAAAUGUUGACGAUUCAAUGAUUUAGCUGAAACAUGUCGUUUUUACAUUUUUUCUACUAUAUUUUGUUGUUUUUAAGAAACCUUGAACUUUUUAAGUGUUCUCACUUGACUGUAUAAACAUGAUAUGUACUGUACUGUAGCUUGUGCCAAUAAAUGAAUCAAAGAGA